CUAGGGUUCAUGGCUGAGCUCCGGCAGCGGAGGCGCGAUCGCUCCUCGGCAGAGAUUAACAGCGAAGAAGAGGAUGCCAAGAAGAAGGAUCUUCCGGAGGUCAGUAAGAAUGUCGGAUUUGCUGCGGCUUUCGCCGCGCUCUUCAUCACUCGCUACUUCAGCGCGAGCUCCAACAUCGUACACGACUGCGACGAGGUUUUCAAUUACUGGGAGCCGCUGCAUUUUCUUCUCUAUGGAUCGGGAUUUCAAACUUGGGAGUACAGCUCGGAGUUUGCUCUUCGAUCGUAUCUUUACAUCCUGAUUCAUGCCGUUAUUGGAGCUCCAGCUUCUUACAUUCUCGCAAAGGUGAAAGUUUUCUAUCUGAUUAAACUGGCAUUCGCCUUGGUGUCUGCGGCCGUCGAUGGAGCUCUUGUGGCAGCCGUGUCCGAAAGGUUUGGAAAAAGGAUGGCAUCAUACACUUUGGUUUUACUCUGCUUUGCCAGUGGUUGCUACACAGCCAGCACAACUUUUCUGCCGAGCACCUUUUCAAUGUACGCUAUCAGCCUUGCAUCAGCGGCUGUGCUUGCCGAUAAGUUUGAAGCUGCCGUGGCCGUGGCUGCCUUGGGGGUCCUUGUUGGCUGGCCAUUCUCGGGCCUUGCGGUUCUUCCCGUGGUAGUGUACUCUUUGGCGAAUGGUAGCUCCGUCAAGGUUUUCAUGGCCGGUGUUAAAUCCUCAGUCGUUCUCAUCGCGCUGUCAGCACUAUGUGAUCGAUUAUUUUACGGUCAGUGGAAGCUUUCUAUUCUCAACCUCGUCACCUACAAUGUCGUGGGAGGUGGCGACAGCAUUUUAUACGGUGUGGAGGGACCCUUGUUUUAUCUUCGGAAUGGGCUCAACAAUUUCAAUCUUGCGUUGUUGUUGGCGUUCGGGCUACCUGUUUUGCUGCUUUUCGUGCGACGAAGUACCGACAAGCAUCUCCUACUGGUAAUCUCACCUUUGUAUUUGUGGUUUGGAUUCAUGUCCUUGCAACCUCACAAAGAAGAAAGGUUCCUCUAUCCAACCUAUCCCCUCGUUUGCGUAGCUGCGGCAGCUAGCAUCGAGCGGAUUCCAGGUCUGGUACCACGAAAAAUGAGCUUCGUGCAUGGUCUGUUCACGAAAUUGAGGCCUUUGCUCUUAUCUUUCAUCCUGGUGGCAUCGUAUAGUCGAACAACGUCUUUACUUCAAGGUUACUCGGCACCGAUGCAGAUUUACAAACACCUUCCAACUAAUCCAACCGAGAAUUCCACAGUUUGCAUUGGCAGUGAGUGGCACCGUUUCCCAUCCUCGUUCUUUCUGCCGUCAGCCAAGUACCAAGUGAGAUGGCUCGACGAUGGCUUUAGAGGACUUAUGCCGUUUCCAUUCGAUAGCAGCCUGGGUGGAACGAAAGCAGCUCCGGACUACUUCAACAGGCAUAACAACGCUUCUCCAAAGCAAUUUCUCCAAAGCGACGCUUCCUGUGACUUUGUGGUGGAGCUAGUCUUAGACAGACCGGGCGUAGAGUAUCGUGGAAACAAUCAAACCAAAUGGACUGUCGUGGCUAAACGCUUGUUCCUGGACAAUGAGAGCUCACCUCGUCUCCACCGCGCGUUUUUUAUUCCCUGGGCAUGGCAAAGUAAGAACUCCUUCGGCACUUACAGGCUACUCAUACGCAAUGUGGUCGAGUAAACAAACAAACCAUAGGCGAAUUAACGUGAUUUUUCACUUUCUAUGAUCUUAUAUUACCAUCGCCAAAGUUCUUUCUAAGAAUAUUUUUUAUUUGCAGA